UUGCUUUCUAGUUAACAGUUCUGCUGAUGUAAACUUGCAAAUAGCAGAAUAGUUUACACAUUUUUAGAGGCGGUGUUAUUGUAGAUACAACUUUUGCCCUUUUCUUCUUCGCAGGGCCGACUUUUAAUGAAAUUUUAUCUGGAAGAAGAACGUUUCCCUGUCCACAAUAAAAGAGCAGGAGUUCUAUUUACCAGACUUCAUUACAGCGUACGAGUAUACCGGGAGCAGCUUUCUUUCCGUGCAAGGAAACAUUAAAUGCUUUAUUGGAUUUCAAUCCAAACUGACUCGUAAAAACGCAAGAAUUCACGAUGAGUCGGCCAGUAUUUUUCUCCAGGAAUCUCCUCGUUCUUAUAGCUGGCUGGAGCCUUUAUAGCGGACAGCAUUUGAAUGGCAUUGGGAUCUUGGCAGUUGCAAGUGGAAGAAUAACCAAUUCUGGAUCGCAUCGCAUAGACAGCCCGUUCUUGGCAGCGCGCGUUGUAACUAAUGUUCACGACUUCGAUACAGCAAGGUCUUAUCCAGUUGCGUCCUCUACAAUCGUGAGCCACAGGUACAAUAGAGGUGAAAACAAAAUGCUUCAACGGCCCGGCCUUCGUAGCUUCUUGGAUGAUAGUGAUGUUACUGUCAUCACAUCUAGCUGGAACUUCGUCAAGAGGCGCCUGAGCGAUUUUGCUCCCAAAGUCUUUCUAAGGUAUUUCCAAGUCAGGCCUGCUGCACGGAAGAUGUUCCCAGCGUUUGCCGAUACGAACCUUGCGGAACUCCCAACUAACCGUGACUUCCUUAGUGCUGCGUAUAGCUGCGUCACCAGUCUCACGUACAUAAUCCCGCAUUUCAAAUAUGAUCAUUUUGAGCGAUGCCCGGCUUUCAACAUGUUUAAGAAAACGCACGACAACGUUGAUGUCAAGAAAUUUGGGAGCAUUUGGGUGAAUGCAAUUCAAGAAGAAAUGGGCAAUAACACUUUCAAUGAUGUCGUACUUCAUGACGCUUGGAAAAAAGCUGUUUGGGCUUUGAGAAAAUAUGCUUCUUCGUGAGAAAUUUGAAGACAUACAAGUAUGUUUUAACUGGGACAGUGAGUUAGUCUGCUAACCUUAAGACGUAAAAGUGCAGUGUGUAAAUUGUAAACAAGGGGUGAUGGAAAGAUCCCUUUAUGUUUAACCGAUUUCCAUUUAAUUUCCCGUUCGAAAGGUUAUAAAACGAGAUAUUUUGAUUUAGAUGGCUGCAUUACUUAAUGAUUUCAUGUUUACCGAUAUUUUGCUCAACGUGUGAAAAGCCACAAAACUUUUUGAAUAGGCAAGAAAUGGAAAUCGGUGGGAUUGUAAAAUUGAUUGGAUUGUCGACGUUCUAUCUAAGCGUACAUGUUUCAAGUUUUAUCAGCCACUCUUUAUUGUUCUAUCAAUGUAAUUUCACCACCAAGUUCGCCAUGCCCAACUACUUUACGUUGGCCUGGGAACUUCGGUAAAUAUCGUUAGCUAUGCAAAUUGUGCUGUAACAAAUUUAUUUCACUUAAAACACGAAAACUUUAAUCGCACGAUUUUCGAUUGUUGCCAAAAGGGUAUUUACAUUGCUAUGAACAGCUGGGCGUAGUCAAUAUUAGUUGAUGUUCUGUGGGUUGUUUUACGAGCACCUCGCUAUCAUGGCCCGAUAUCCAAACUUCUGUGAGAAACGGGAUCCAUGUCGGGUCACUUUUGUGUCUACUGAAAGACAAACUGAGUCGAUGCAAACUUUUGGACCAUGCAAGGAAGGAGCGGAGAGAUUCAACACAUCUUCCAUUAUCUUUUGAAUCUGAACGAGUUAGUGCGCAGCCAAGGAGAUCUACUUCUUCAAUAUGGACCCACUUCAUCCGACAGCAAUCAAGUAGGUCAGCCACUGCAUCAAUCCCUAAUCUGUUAUUGUUUUUAAGCGUAAGUUUUUUCAGUUGAGGCGUAUGACUAAAGACAUGCCCUAGUCGUUCAAUGCAUGAGUCCGUCAAAUUACAGUGUGACAAAUCCAUCUCAAUUAGUGUGCAACUUUCGACGGCCUGGAUACUGCUGCACAAAAUGUUUACCAGCCGAUCACAAGAGAGAGCUUGUAAUGAAAGGGAUUUCAAGCAGCUAAAAUCCAGCACUUGCAUCCACGAUGAAAUGGCAGAGGACGAGAACUCAUUGAAUCCAAUGCUUAGGUCUUCAAGCUUUUUGCGUUUUAACACAGGAGAAAUGCGGUCGCUUAGAAAACGAUCCGUCAGAUCGCACGAUUCCAUUUGCAAACUGCGUAACGCAGACAUGUGUUGAAAACAGGUGGUUAGUGGAUACGACGCUCCAUCUCCAAUUGGGUUGUAGCUCAAGUUAAUCCUUUGCAGCUUCUGAAACGAAUUCACCACCAGAGGACAUGUAGUAUGCGAGUAACCAUUUUAUUGGAGAGGUAAGAAAAACAUAUAUACCUUCAUUCCUGUGACGUUUUCCUCUUGUAAGCUCUCUGCUAGGCGAGUAAGGCCGGCUGCCGUUAUCAAAUUGCCCUUUAAGCUGAGAUUCACCAAGUGUGGCAGCGUGGACAAGGCUUCACAAAGACUCUACAGAAUGAGGCAAGUACUUUUCAAAAUUUCCAUAUGCAUAACGUUUAGAGUGGCUUGUACCUGUAAGACAUGGUCGUCCAGUUUUGAGGAAGAAAGAUCCAAAUCCCAUAAGCUUUCCUGAUAUCGCAGUGCUUUGACGACGGGAAGGAGGGAGGGACCCAAAGGAAGAUUUAACGAUAAUUUGCCACCGGUUUGCGCAUUAGUCAACACCGAGUCGACUUCGCCAAGUCGUACUGAAAAUAAGUAAAGAAUGUUAUUUUACUUAGAGAAUGCUUCACGAUGGAAAAUAUGAAACUCACCAACUUCAAGUUGGCAACACAAAUUGGAAUAUCGCUCUGGCAAGGGUUGCAGAUCCCAUUUGACCAUUUGGCCAACAAUUUUGUCUCCAUCUUGAAGUAUCAAUGUGACUUCAUCUUCUCCAUUCAAUACUGCGCCGUCCAUAGUAUGAAGCGAUAAAACGGGGUUGAGACCAGUCAUAUUGUAGUACCUCCUCGCUGCUUCGUCUGAUAGCCACUGCACAGAUUUGCUCCGUUCCACUGGGAUGAGCAAUACCUUGUCUUGAAUCCGCACGUACAAUUUCAGAACGCUUGUAGAAGGGUUUUGCUGUUGAACCGAGCUGAACGACUUAUUAACAGCUUUCUUGGGGGCUUGAAUAUUGUCCUCUGUAUGGGCAUUGACCUACGAAUUGCACAACGAGAUGAAUUUAGGGCAUUGAAGUAUUGUGACUUAGAAUAUUCAGUUACCUCAGCGAAGUCAUACAUGGAAAGUUGAACGGGCUUUUUCGGUCGUUUUGAUACUGACAGUAUUGGGGAAGCACGGUCGUUGCUAUCAUCACUAGUAUGAAUAAAACUUGGGGAGGGUUUAGCCCGUUUUGCUGAAGGCAGCAUUACCUCCACCUCUAUGUCGUCAUCACUGACUGUGACACCUUCAAAAUCUAAAGAUGGGGCGCCUGAUUUCCUUCUGUUACUCAAACUUAAUCUUGAUGAAUGCCUAUAAUAGCGGAUAAGAUAGCGAUUAAAUUUUUACUGCUUCAAAAACGUAUUUUACUUGUUGAGCCGAGAGGAAGUCGAUGUCGGCGUUUUUUCUUUGUCUGAUUGAUUAUUCGGUUUGUGAACUGGGAAUGUGAAAUUCGACUUUUUACUCGACUUCCGCGUUGGAGAUGGAAGAUCGUUUUCGAUCCAUUCGUCUACUAGUUCUUCUUCCAAAACCAGUGCAGGCUGGUGUAUCCGACUCCGUUUAGUCGGACCACUCACUGCUGUUGACCGCCGCGCAGAGGACGAGCUUCCAAUCACUUUCAUCGCUUCGGCGUACUCUUUCUGAGCUGCCGAAGAUGCCAAUCGUUUAUCUUUAGAUUCCCUAAAUUUUGCGGGGCCUCCCAUUUCUGGCUCGCUUGGGCCCACACGGGUUAAUUCAACUUCUUGGAAAGAAUUUCCAGUAAUGUCUUCUUCGGGAAUGAGGGCUGAAGUGCUUGAAUGUUUGUGUUCGAUUUCUUUCAUUGACGGAACAACGUGAUUUGCUAGAAUGGAAAAUUGAUUUGAGUCAUCUGGCAAAGUUAAUUCUAGCAGCAAAGUAACCUUUUCUCAUAGAAUCUGAAAGUUUUCGUUCCAUAUUGAGGCAUUCCUUGAGCGUUGCAGAAUCCAAGUCACCUCCCGUUCGUAGUCUCCAUUUCAAUAAGCAUUCGUAUACCGAUUCUCCCGCAUCAGUUUUUGACAAUGGAUUAGCUCCAUUCCGAAGUAGAGCAUCCAUGACAUCAAUGUGACCGCAAGAUGCGGCAUCGUGUAAUGGCGUAACACCUUCACAGUGCUUUCCUCCACGAUCAUUCACUGUUGCCCCAUUGUCAAUCAACAGUUGCACUAUUUCAACAUCGCCAUAGUUACAAGCUUCGUGAAGUGGAGUCCAUCCACAGUUAUCACGAACAUUGACUUUAUGUUUCUAGCCAACGAAAAAUAAGUCAAGGUUUUAAAUUUUUCCUCAACUGAGAUGGAGCGAUCGAACCUGUUGUAACAGAAGGCGGACCAAAUCGAUGUCUUGUUUAAUACAAGCACGGUGGAGUGCUGUUUCGCCUUUUACGUUGAGUUUUUCUAUGUUCCUUUUAGGUCUCCUUCUUCCUCUGUUAUUAUCCAACGACUCUGAUUCUUCGUCGCUUUCAUCGUCUAAUUUAGAAAAUAAGAAGAUCGGAAAUGUGAGGGCGAUCUUCUAACCGAUAGUUACCAUAGAUUUCAUCCAAAUCAAUCUCGUCCUCGAAAUCAAAAAGAUUAUUUCGAAUAGUUUGCGACUCAGGAGCUUCUGAUUCAUCAUCGAGAUCGAUGUUGUGGUCCGAACAAAUUUGAUUUACAGACGCCAUAGCUUCCUCUAAAAAAUCGAACAUGUACGAAAUUGCGAUAAAACUUAAGGAAUGUGUUCCUCACGAGAUUUUUCUAUGUAGCCAUUCAUUUCGUGAAGGACUGCCAAAGAAUUCAAUGUAGUGGCUUUUAACCGUGGGUUCUCAGCCUUCACUGCCAAGUCUAAGGCUUGUUGGUACAAAGGUUCUAGCUCGUAAUAGGUUGCGCCAUCCUCUUCCAGGGCAUUUGCUAUAUUAAGAAGCGUGCGGCAAGACUAUGAAGUAAAACAUUGAAAAUUCAACUGUCUGCAAAUGUAGGAUUUCCAAUCAAAAGACCUAUUGAAAGUACCUCAGCGGGGUUUUCUUCGUAAUUUUCCAAUUCCUUCUUGUAGUAUUUAAUGGCAUUUUUGUAGUCUUUUACGUCCAUAUAAGUUUGACUUAAUGACACAUAAAUUGGAUUGAUGUCUUUGGCCGACCACCUAAGCUCCUGAGCUUUCUGUUAAAGUGUAAAGGGUUUUUUAAUAUAUUUUGUUUAAGGAUAGACACCUAAAAAAGAUUUGAGUUAAAAAACAAAGAAUAUUAAUCAAAGAU